UUGGUGUGGUAGAUUGAAGAUGCGGUGGAUUUUAUUUGCAAUAUGCUGCCUGUACAUCACAAUGGAAGUCCAAGGAAUUCCUCAAGAUGAAAAGCGAAUAACUUUAAUGAAUACUACAGAACUGAUCAGAUAUCAUGGAUACCCUUGUGAGGAGUAUGAAGUUGUAACACAAGAUGGCUAUAUCCUUAGUAUCUUCCGAAUUCCACAUGGGAGAAAGGAGAAUGCAAGCACAAGUCCAAAGCCUGCUGUAUUGCUGCAAAAUGGCCUGUUUUUAGAAGCUUUUGUUUGGGUUGCCAAUGGUCCUCAUAAUAGCCUAGGCUUUGCCCUAGCAGAUAAUGGCUGUGAUGUCUGGAUGGGAAACAGCAGAGGGACCCGAUGGUCUAAAAAACAUGUAUCCCUUUCAGUAGAAGAUGAUGAUUUCUGGGCAUUCAGCUUUGAUCACAUGGCUCAAUACGAUCUUCCAGCAACAAUAGAUUUUAUCCUGCAGAAAACUGGACAGCAGCAACUGUUUUAUGUUGGCCACUCUCAAGGCAGCACUAUAGGUUUUAUAGCUUUUUCCACUAUGCCUGAUUUGGCUAGAAAAAUCAAGAUAAACUUUGCCUUAGCUCCCGUCGUCUCAGUCAAAUAUGCCAUCCCAUUAUUAAGAAAGUUUGUUAUGCUUCCUGAUUUCAUUUACAAGACAAUACUUGGCACUAAGGAAUUUAAGUGGCGAAGGAGGACAUCUCAUGACACAUAUGGCCUUUGUAAUUUUUUCAAAGUUCCAAUUAUUUGUUAUAAUAUCAUGCAUAACUUGUUUGGAUCACAGCAAAAGUCCCUAAAUAUGAGUCAAGUAGAUGAAUAUGCAGUGCAACCUUUAGAUGGGACAUCUGUACAAAAUCUAAUACACUGGUUACAGGUGCUGAAGAGCAGCAAACUACAAGCCUAUGAUUAUGGAAUGUUAAAAAACUUAGAACUUUAUGAACAGGUACAUCCUCCUGAAUACAACGUUACGAAUAUGAAUAUAUCAACUGCAGUUUGGAAUGUUGGAGAUGAUCCAUUUUCUAAUCCUGAGGAUAUUGCCGUCUUACUCUCUCAAAUCACAAACCUCGCAUACCACAAGUUUAUUCCUGAAUGGGAUCAUGAUAGUUUCUACUAUCGUCCAGAUGCUUAUGUUCAAGUGCAUAGUGAAAUCCUUAAUAUGAUCAAGGAGUCUUAUUGAAAACAGGAUACUUGCCCAAAAAGGACCCUCCAUCCCAUUCCCCUAGAAUGAACCAUAAGUAAAAUUUGGUACUGAUAUGAAAGGCUCAACUUAACACUACAGAAGUAUGCAAAGGUG